AUGUGGAACGUCCCCGCCGGCACCGUGUGCGACGCGUGCGUCGACGCCGAGUUCUUCUGCAGGGAAGCGCUCGUCGCGCAUCCGAAUUCGACAAACCCCUUGGACGUCAACAAGCGGGAUUGCAUCUCCGUGUCCAUCUCGGAAGACGCGUGCACGAAAUUGGGGAAUAACUCGAAAUUGUACGAGUGGCGCGAGAGCGAAUGCCACCGCGACGUCAACGGAAUAGCGAAGGUACUCGUGGAUAACACCGCGCUGCCGGACAUGAUUUUGCCGUCUCAGUGGCCCGAGGACGACUGCACGUGCAGCUCGACGCACUGGGACUACGUGGGGGCCAUGAAGCGCGACUACGCCGGGCGGCCGUGCCUUGACGAGUGCCGCGUGCGUGGGACCAUGGAACCGCCCUACGGCUACGCGGGAGCGUCGUGCAUUCUCGACGGAUUCGCCGACGACAACGACGACGCGAAACAGCGGUGCUCGAUCCCCUCGUGCACCGCGGAUAGAUGCCACGAGAGGCGGAACACGUGGUCGCAGCGCGCAGAUAACGCCGUGAACUGCAAUUGCACCUCUCCUCUGGAAGUGCUGGUGCCGUGCGUGAAGACGCAGCGUCCGUUCGCGAACGUGGGGGGAAGAGACGCGCUGUGUGGGACGUGGUUCGACGUCGAAGUGGGAAAUUUUUCGCUCGAUCACCCGUCACCGGAUGGCUAUGAUCAUGAAGAUUGCCUCGUUGAUGAUGGCGCCACGAAGAUACUCCACCCGGAUGCUAUCAGUUCGUGCACGUUGACAGCCGCUAUGUUGUUGGCGCAACAAAGCCUGCGUUCUGAUGUUGCAAACUUCUCCAAUCACAUUGGUCCCUACGGCGUGAGAAUCCUUCUGCACGAUAAGUACUACACGGAUACUAAUCCAACGUUCAAGACGCGCUUCAACGUGCCCAUCAUGAUCCAGGGCACCACCCCGAACGCGGCGAUCGUGGGCGAGGCUGUUGAUAAAAGUUGCAGCGACUGCGGAGGCGACAAUAUUAUCUUCUUUUUGAAGAGCAACAUCACGACUUACGCAAAACCCGGUGAUACGAAAGCCCCCGAUGACGACAAAAUAAUACACUCGGAUUAUAACCGCUCGGAGUAUAAUUCACAUGGUGCUGAGGGCGGUUAUGUUCAGUGGUUAGCCAGCGAAUGGAAUGCAACAGGUAUUCAUCCCAAUUUAUCAUCCCGGGUGGCGGACAACGAGAAGACGUACGAUUAUCCAGCGCGGGAUGAGGACCCUACUUACGCCCCUCUCGUCUUCAACAACGCCUCGAGGAUGUGGUCCGAAGAUCCUUUAUGUUUCCCACAGGUUAACGGUGUGAAUAAAAAUGAUAAUCACUGCGCUUCAGGGUACGCGGCGUUCGAUGACUACGAAACGUUCGACCCUAGAGACCUAGAUUACACGACCGGUAAAUACGCGUUAUGGCUGAAGGACCUCACGCUCGAGCGAAAUCUCCCAUCAGGAAGCGACGAUAGCGACAGUUAUCAAGCGAUCGGCAUAGAAAUGUAUGAAGGCUGGACCGUGAAGCUGGAAAACGUCACUUCCAGAUGUGUCGUCAUGAACAUGGUCACGGGGAGCGUGCUCUUCGUCGAGAACUCCGUGUUUGAAUGUGAUGAUUUAGGGCAGUAUGCGCACUUUGUGAUGAGCGGGGGUGAUGGCGAUCGCGAGAUCUACAUGCAGAAGGGAUAUUACCACAAGUUUGCGACGACCUUGGAGGUGUCCGACUCGACGUUUACAGGCGGUCAAUCGCUGGGAAUGAGUGGUAGUAUACAAUGGGCGGGCGGAUCAUGGACACGCUUACCUCCGGUUAUCGCGCACUUCCAGGAUUGCACUUUCACCAGAUCGACCGUGGCAAUUGAGAAAGGCAUGGUGGCGACGUUCCGUGACUGCACCUUUGAGGAGGCGGAUAGAGCCGUUUCUGUAGAUAGUGCCUUCGUGGCGUUCCAACGCUGCAAAUUUACCGAGUGCAACGGCCUGUAUGGGGCCGCCUUUAAUGGGGGAGGGCAAGACAUGAGAAUGACUGACCCGGCGAUGAACGUGCAGUUCAUGGAUUCAGAUUUCAUCGAUUGCGAAGCCACAGAUAGAGGUGGGGCGAUGUUGUUGAGAGAAUCCUCUUACGUCAUGAUGCGCGACUCGAGGAUGACCGGUUGUACAGCAGCCAUGGGUGGGGCGAUCUUUGCGAUGGGAUCGGGCGCUGGCUUGACCUUGUUGAACGUCACGUUUAAUGGGAACGAAGCGUGGGAGGGAGGUGGAGGGGCGUUGGCUCUUACGACCACCACGGAUUCCAUCAAACCGCAAGAGUACAUAACGGCUGUGCCCACGGCGUAUGACAUCAGCGGUA